AGGGCAUGGUAACGACGGCGACGGCAACGUCCUAUCCGGUAUCGUUUCGUUGCCUUUCGACGCUAAUUUUAGCGACCAGCCAUUUUGGACACGAGAAUGUGCGCGAUCCGUGGAACGGCUCGUUUCUACGGAAAUUAUCAUUUCUCUGUCCUUUUCGCGAUUGCGAUUGCCUUCUUUUUCUAGCACGUUCAACUUUUCCUCUAUCCAUCUCUUUUUUUUUUUUUUGCUUUCCGCGUUUUCUCUAUUUCCGCAACGUAACGGCGUAUCGAUAUUACUCUGAAUUCUUGAACGCAAUGAAACCUGUGCGGGUUGUCGUUCGAGUAAUCGCGAGAUUGUGAUAACACUCGUGUAGCGUAUCGAUGAAUUACGUUCUCUUGUUUCUGAGAAUAUUGAGAAACAAGUAAAACAGAGCUACCCACGCGUUAUAAAAAGCAUCGAAUCGAAAUAUCAAAACGUUAUAGCGUUAAUUACACCUCCGAAUUAAAAUUGAAACGUCGAAUUUCUUUAUGACAGACGUUGCGUAAAAUAUUAAUAUUUAUUUCUUGUUGGAUUUCCUCUUUGAGUGUAACGUGCAACGUCAUUCAUCGAUCAGCAAUUACGACGAUGAAUCGACUGUUCCGCGCAAGAAAGUCGAUUCUUUCAUAUUAACCGGCAUAGUAACAUUGAACAAGAGAUUAAAAUAAUUUACAUAAUUUCAAUGUGAUUCUACUGUGUCGAGCAUUCGUCGUGUAACGUAUUUGUUGACAUUGCAACGAGCAGUAGAUGUCUUGGAAUAUUCACGCGUAAUAUCAUAUGUAUUUCGAAACUAUAUCCGGUACAGCGAAAUUUGAUCUGGUGUAAGACUACGAACGGGUUAACUCUUAACUCUUGAUUCUUAAAUUGUAAGAGAAUAAUACGGCUUAUACGGUAAACAAUUUGUUAUAAAUUGAAUUAAAAAAUUGACAUUAAAAUAGCUCGUUACUCGCUUGUGAAUUACGGUUGUCUUUAAUCGUCAAAAGGAAACCGCAGCUGGUUUCGAAACUGAUUCUCCGAACAGUCUCGUGUAAUCAGACCUUUUGCACCCUUCGCGCACACUCGUCUUAUUUUGUCCAUUUAUCUAUGGCUUAAGAUGGCCUGCUUUGACCCUUAAGUAUGCAUAGUCACACGACGCACGAUAGCGAUGCAAAAUAAUACCUCUUAAUCAGCUCUCAGCGGUUCUCAAGUGUUGCUCCCAGACCGGAAAUCAUUUCUAUCGAAUCGCGUCGUUUCCGGACAAAAUCGCUCAACGGUUCUCGGCAGAAACGCUAAUAAAUUUCUAAUAAUAUUACAGCGACGUUGAUUUACUAUUUCCCAAUCGAUCGACUCCUUUGCGCAACUAGAUAAUGAUUGUGACGCACUCGAGAUAACACUGUGACGAUUCGAAGCAAUAAAUAGCAUAAAAUCUUUUAACCUCGACUGGUAGAGUUCGAUUAAACACAGUCCUCCCUUACCGGUUUUUAUUUGAAUUUUAUUUUAGAAAGUCGGACUUGCUACACCGAACGUUUACGUUACGACGAGAGCGAGAUUAACAUCAUCUUCGUUUCUACGAUUUAGACACUCGAAUUUAUAAAAUAACUAAUAAAUUCUUGUCUACGAUCUUACCGACAACUUGGUGUCAAUCGCACCUUAUCACGAUAAAAUUCAUUACCGUUUGAUCGUGUCAUCCACCGUCCGAUAUGCGGAAAACUAGCGGUUUAGCCUCUGUGGCUAAAGAUUACCGAUCACGCGAGUAUCCCUACUAGAAUGAAAUCAAUUUCAAGUUGGCAAGCUGUUGAAGCUGUUGAAGCUGUGAAAUAUCAAGGUGUCCUCGUGGCGAGCGAUCGGUGAAAUCUAACCUUGCCUCGAGUCCGGUACAUCUAAGACCGACAUACUAGAAAUUCCGCGUCGUUCGUUAGGUCCGGAUCGGGCCACGUUCCGAUCAAUAUACGGCGUAUGGCGUAUCCCCGUACAGAGGACGCGUGCGCGAGCACCGGAGCCGUGGAGUAGGCCGACCCGGGACCCGAGAGAGCCACGAGCACGCACGACGGCGAUGACGACGACGACUCCAGUUACGGCAGCCGGUAGAGAGUACAUACACGUUCACAGCUCACAGCUCACAGCUAUCGUCCGCAAUCCGUCGUAACGUGUGCGUCCACGUAACAGCGCCGCGAAAGACCAACACUUUUCGGCCGAUUAUCAAGCGGAACCGGCGAUUCUCUUCCUCGAUCAAGCUCUCCCUCUCUGGCGAGAGUCUCGAGGAAGACGUAAAGACACCGAGAGUACUACCACACCACCAGCAACAGCCACGAUCGCAAAUCACGACUUAUGCGUCUGUACCGAGCAGAAACAUUCAGGAUAUCAUCCAGAGGGAAAGGAUCGGUGUACAGCAAAGGCGGCGGUAGUAGGACAUUGUCCAAGCGACUCGUAAACGGCAACAUCAUCUCCUUCGCACGGUAUAGUCGUUUGUUGCGUGGAACCUGUGAGUUAACCAUUCCAACCUGGUACCCAGGCUUUCUUAGGGGCACAAGCAACGGACAGGCAGCGUGUAUGAUCAUUGAAGACUAUCCCCCUCUGCCUACUAAACCGAGGCAAUACCUUCAUCAAGAUACCACCCAACGAUUUCUGAACCACCUGGUCCUGCCUAAGCACAGGACCUCAAAAUUUUCCAGUAAUAGGCAUCGGAAGCUACAGCCUUUCAGAGAAACGUGACUGACGUCAGUGGGUAGUGCGGCAAAUCUUACCGCAGACGACAAAAAUCACCCUGACUCGACACGUUACGAGCUACCAUCGGGUAGCCAUUGCCUG